AUGGUGUCUCAGGAACUUAGGACAUACGCUCCUGUCCUUUUCCUUUUUCUGAGCCAUGGAGUGGCAAGUCUCGGUGCAAAUUCCAGCCAGGAUUUGCACCCACUGCUGCAAAAAAUGGCGGAAGAAGUAAUAGAUGGGAACUAUCUGAACGCGCUCCUGGAUCUCAUACAGUUUCAAAGCUCCCACCUGUGGACGGCGGACCUGGCCCACGGAGUCCUGGCCUACCUGAACGCACGGGGUGUGACAUUCACCGUCCCCAGCCUGCAGGCGGCCGUGGAGCACCACCUGGAGCAGCUUCUGUUCCAGCCCCAGAAGCUGCGGGAGGACCUGCGGGCAGCCGACGCGGGGCAGUUCCGCACCGCCAUGCAGUGCCUCGGGGGAGACAGGAAGGACCGCUGGGAGCUGGAAGGCGUCGUCAUCGACGUGGGGGAGAUUCGGAAGCAAGCCUUGCAGAGCCCGGGCGUGAACCGCAGCCUGCUUCUCAUCACGCUGGAGAGGUGUUUCCAGGAGCUGAGCUCCCUGGAGUGUGUGGCGGUCCUGGGCCAGGUGCUGCGGGGGUCCGCGGUGUUCAAAGACCUCUACGACCAGACCCCGGCCCGUUCCCAGAGAGCCCUCUACUCCUGGAUGGCGGGCGCGCUGCGGGCGUCCUCCAGCGCCACCGAUGGGUCUGCUUCAUGGGUCAGCGCAGAAAUCUUAUGGAUUUUGGGCAGAUACAUGGUUCACCUACCCCUUGAAGAAAUUACGAAAAUCAGUCCCAUGGAAAUCGGGCUGUUCAUCAGCUAUGACAACGCCACCAAGCAGCUGGACACCGUCUAUGACAUCACGCCGGAGCUGGCCCAGGCCUUCCUGGAGCGGAUCGGCUCCUCCGACUUCGACAUGAGGAACGCCUCCACCGUCCACAGGCUGGGGCUGCUCGUCUGUUUCUAUGGAGACCUGGAGCUGCUGGACGCCGCCCUGGCCCGAGUCCUCCUCCACCAGAUGAUCAAGUGCAGCCGUCUCCAGGGCUUCCAGGCUGGUGUCCAGAAGCUCAAGGCCGACCUCCUGGACAUUGCCACGGGGAACCAGACGCUCAACGAGACCCUGGGCUCCUUGUCGGAUGCGAUCGUGGGCCUGACCCACCGUCAGCUGGAGUCCCUGUCCCCCGAGGCUGUGCACAGCGCCAUCGCUACCCUCAGCCAGGUGCCGGGCUGGGCCAAGAGCCAGGUGAUCAUCUUGUCCGCCAAGUACUUGGCCCAUGAGAAGGUGCUGUCCUUCCACAGCGUCAGCCAGAUGGGCGUGCUGCUGGCGGGGGUUUUUGGCAUGGACCCCAGGGCCCUGGCGCAGGUCCUGAGAAGCGCCGGCUCCCUGCACGUGUCCAGCCUGUCGCUGGCCCAGCAGCAAGGCAUCCUCAGCAAGGUGGCUGGAGCCGGCGGCGCCCCGGGUGCCGUGGAAGUCCCGGGGGCUUUCUUUAAGGAAGUGUCUCUCUUCGAUUUAAGGAGGGAACGCGGACUCAACUCCACUGUCCUACAGGAGAAGGAGCUGCGGAGGAGUCAGGCCUUGUUCCUGUAUGAGCUGCUGUCCCAGACCAGCAGUCCGGCCGAGCUCCUGAGUGCAGGGCAGCUGGUCAAGGGCGUGGCGUGCUCCCACAUCGACGCCAUGGGCGCCGACUCCUUCCUGGCCCACUUCCAGUAUUUUGAGAACAGCCUCUCCCUGCUUUCUCCACAUCAGGUUAAUUGUUUGGCGUGGAAAGCCUGGGAGGUUUCCAGGUCCCUUAUGCAGCCCUUCCUCUUGGCUGCGCUCCCGGCUCGCUACCUGGCGGCCGUGCCAGCCUUCCGCUGUGCGCCCCUUCUGAUCGGCCUGGGGAAGAUCCGGUUGGACUCCGUGGUGGUAGAUCCCCACAAGAGGACUCUGGUCCUCAGGAAAGUGCAGCAGUGCCUGAACAACUCCAUUGCCGACGAGUACACCGUGGACAUCGUGGGGAACCUGCUCUGCCACUUGCCGGCGGCCGUCAUCCUGCACGGAGUGUCCCCCGGGGCCUGGGCCACGGCCCUGCACGGCCUCAGAGCCUGCCCAGACCUGAGCCCCGAGCAGAGGGCUGCGGUGAGGCUGCGGCUGCUGGAGCAGCACGGACCCCCUCAGAACUGGACGGCCGAGACGACGAAGGACUUGGGACCCUUCCUAGUGCUUUUCUCAGGAGAUGAAUUAAGCUCUGUUGCUGCAAAGUUUCCCGAUAUCCUUCAGCAAGCAGCUUCCAAGAUGGUAGGGAUCUUGCCCCCCAAAGAAUUCCUCUGGGCUGUCUUUGAAUCUGUGCGGAACAGCAGUGAGAGGGGCCCUGGUGCUGCCCCCAGCCCUGGUGAUGCAGGCAUGUCAAACUCGCGGCCGGCGGGCCGCAUGCCUCGUUUAUUAUGCAGCCUGCUGGCUGCUCCCUCUUCCACAGACAUCUUCAAGUUGGCUGAAGCCAAUGCCUGCUGGGCCCCCCAGGACCUGCGCUGCCUGGAGGAAGCCACGUUCCUCAGGAGCGUGGAGCUUCUGGGGGCUGUUGGGGGCUUCCUCCGGCCUCAGCUGACCGCCCUAAAGGAGAAGGCAAUUCAGGUCUGGGACACGCCUUCUCACUGGAGAGAACACCACAUCGUCUCACUGGGCCGCAUUGCUCUGGCUCUGAACGAGAGUGAGCUGGAGCAGCUGGACCUCAGCUCCAUCGACACCGUGGCUUCCCUGAGCCGGCAGUCAGAGUGGACCCCGGGACAGGCUAAAUCCAUCCUGCAAGGAUUCCUGGAGGACUCAGGCUACCGCAUCCAGGACCUGAAGAGCUUCCACUUAGUAGGACUUGGUACAACUCUGUGUGCCAUGAAUGUCACCGAAAUCUCACUUAUACAGGUCGCAGAAUUCAGGGUGGUGGCGGCCAGAAUCGGGACCCUGCCCUGCAGCACCCAUGUCUUGGCCGAGUUCAAGAGGAAGGCAGAAGCUGUGUUUGGGGAUCCCACCAAGUGGUCCAGCUCCGUCUUGCAGGAACUCGGAACUAUUGCCGCGGGAUUAACGAAGGAAGAGCUCCGGGUGCUCGACAAGGAUUUGAUGCCGUAUUUCCAACGGGCGCUAGAUGGCGCCAAGACGCGCCCCUGGCUGGAUGCUUCCCCCAGCGCCAGCCCCAGCCGGCCGCCCUCCUCCCCUUCUCACCCAGGAGCCUCCGCCUCCCCGGCUCUCUGGCUUGGCUGCCUGAUGCUGGUCCUAGCGCUGGAGCUCGCACGGUGAGCGGCCUGCCCGCACCCCCUCCACUGCCCGCGCUGCGCUGGAGGCCCUGGCCCAGAGCCUCCGCCAGGGCGGGGUGAA